AUGGCUUCAAAAUUCGACAAUACCAUAGUGAUUCCUGCGUCGUCCCCGGAACAGAAUUGGGCUCGAUCUGUGUCACCGUGUACACCGUCGCGUCUUUUCGGGCUGUCUCCUUUGAGCCCUUCUCCUCCUUCGCUGCUAUCGCCCUCCAAAUUGUUCGAUGAGGUUAGGCUUAAGAUGCAGAAUGAUCAGCCAUCACCAAAAUCGCCGCUUGGCAAGGUCUCCAAGAAAGCAACAGCUCCGAUAACCACUGCGGGGACACCGAUUGUGAGCGAACAUUUUACACAGACUGCGCGAUCUGGAAGUUCGAAGGCAAAGACGAUCCGGAAUAGGAAGAGCUCAAAGUCGCAGGAGGGGCAGAACAAAAUACUUACAGGCCGAGUCGCAAAAGCUACGGCAACCUCGAAAGCUAAGGAUACAACUGGUUCGAAGUUAAACGCGGGAACCAAGAAGACUAAGACGACGAGCAACAGUCAGGAUGAUAAACCUACAAAAGAGGCGGAAACAAAAAAGGUCGUGGACUCGGAGGGACCCAAUCUCGAAGAGGCUUUGAAGCGGAGAUCAGACUGGACGCCCCCUAAAGCUUCAGUUCCGGCAAUAAUUUCACUUGAUGAGGAUAGUCCAUCUGGAAAUUGCGGUGCGAAAACUAGUUUCGGUUACUCUUUGCGCGAUUAUCACUACAGUCGUGACAACAGUGUUUCCGAGGCGAUACUACCAAGGAAGGAAGGCAAUCCUACAAAGCGGCGACGACUAGAGCUCGUCGAGUCUGAGAUUUUGCAAGAGCGGAAACCUCUGCAACAGAGACAAACCAAAGAUGCCGAGAAGACUCGCAAAACCAAGGCAAAACCGAAGAAGCAUCCAAAGACCAUAACAGCUCGGAUGACUGCACUCUACGAGCCAAUUGAUGAGACCGAAGGACUAUUUGUGUUUGAUGAGGAAUUAGAAGCUGGCGAGGACUUCAAGAAACCGGCCAAACCCAAGAAGAAAACAUCCACGAAACAAAAAGAACCUGAUUGUGUGAUACUAUCACCGGCUGCUGCGACAAAGUCUCUGAAUGACCAGAACUUCCUCUUCGGAACUUGUAGUCAAUUGGAACGAGAUGAUUCGCCGACUUUCUUUGAAGAAACGCAAAAGGCUAUACGGCUCUCGGAGAACCUUACUUUAGAGAACCCUGCUCUAUCGACGAUAUCCACGGUCCCUUCAACGACGAGCAUUGUGAUUAAAUACACCAGCAAGAAGAGCCAUUGGUCCGAGGCAGCUAGGGAUUUUCACGGUGCUGUGGUCCAACCUGAGAUAAUAGACAUGACCGAUUCACCUACUAUCGAUACUGCUCUCAGCCAACUGUCGGAGAUGAAUCGAGAAGCACCGAAAAUGGCAUCACUAGUCUCCGCUAAACCCACCUCGGGGAUAAAACCUUUGACCGAGAAGGAGAUAAUACCGAGCUGUAGACCCACAGCCGACAUACAGUCCACCUCUUCUAAACCUAAGUCGAAUAAAAUUGGUCCUGAUAUUGUUGGCAAGAAAGCUGAGCCUUCUACCAAGAAGCCUACAAAUCAGCUACCCGAAAUGCCCAACUUCAACGGCUAUACUGAUGUGGAGCUCAGAAAAAAAGUCAAAUCUUACGGUUUGAAGGCCAUAGGAAGGCGCAAAAGGUUGAUCGCUCUGCUUGACAAGUGCUGGCAGAGUAAGCAUGGCAACGUAGCGACUUCUGCGGAUGAUGUAGAGACAUCUUCGUUGGCAGCAAUCAAUGGCACGGCGUCUGUUUCCACUGCCAGAAUCUCUGAUACUCAAGUUAGUGAGGAGCUGCCAGUUCGAAAGAAGUCCGACGGAGAGUCCAAGGCAGCCAGUCGAGCUGGAAAGAGAAAGGUAGUCGAGAAGCCAGCGGCACGGAAGGAUGAAACAGCUGCAAAGAAAGCUGCUUCGCCGAUACGGACCUCGUCCUAUAUGGUAGACGAAAUUGAGGACUCUGAGGAAGAGAUUAUACCCUCCCCAACCCGGAUACGAGUGCAACGACAAAGCAGCACUCGCCAAACCACUCCUGCAAUCGGUUGCCUUCCCCUAGGUAGCAAGAGUAAACGACCGUCGACCAAAAACAAAGCUUCGACUUUUGACGAAUGUACUCUUAUAGAGCUACAAAGCUCAAUUGCCAGAGCCAUUCGUCUACAGACUCGACCUAAGAAUCUCUUGACCAAUGGCUCAUGCCCGCCACAACUUACAUGGCAUGAGAAGAUCUUGCUAUACGAACCUAUCAUACUCGAAGACUUUGCGACCUGGCUGAACACUGAAGGAUUCGCUUUGGUCAGUGAAGACCGAGAAGUCGGGGUGGCACUUGUUCGAACUUGGUGCGAGAGUCAGGGUAUUUGUUGCACAUUUCGAGCUUGA